CGACACUGGGCCUUUCUCUGCAAAUCUGUAGGCUCCAGUGGAGACUAAAGACGCUCACUGGGGCUCCUCCAAGACAUCAGGUUCUCCUGUGGGCAGCCUCCCUGGUCAGGGCCGUGGGGAGCCAACUGGCAGACUUAGGGGACCCAGUUCCCCCCAAAUCAAGAACCACCUCUGUGCAGACAACCACUUUACUUUCCAUUCUGCUGCCUGAGACAACCACAUCCUCCUCACACAUAACCCCAGGCUCCCAUGGAGAGCUCAGAUGUGGAGCUGGACCUCCAGCGGAGCGUGCAGGCCGUGCUCCGGGAGCUCAGCGCCCAGGCCCCCGCCCUGCAGAGCAACCAAGGCAUGUGGAGAUGGUCCCUGCACAAGAAGGUCGAGCGAGAUCCUGCCAAGAGUCCGGCGCUGGUCCGCAUCCUACUCAGAGAACUGGAGAAGGCAGAAAGCGAAGACCUCCGGCACGUCAUCAUCCCCUUGCUGCACACUCUAAUGUACGUGCUCACUAAGGCCACUGGCAUCACGGAGGAGCUGUACCGGAGAACCUACACCUUUUGCACGAGGCUGCUAACCCUGCCCGCCCCCUACUGCACGGUUGCCUUGGACUGCGCCGUAAGGCUGAAAACAGAGACAGCUGUCCCAGGGACGCUGUACCAGAGGCUGGUCAUUGCCGAACAGAACCUGACGAGUGAGCUGUACCCCUACCAGGAGAGAGUGUUCCUCUUCGUGGAUCCUGAGCUGGUCUCUCCCUCCGUGUGCAGCGCUCUGCUGCUGGAGAUCGAGGCAGCACAGGUGCAGCAGACCCCAGAGGCCUGCAUGCGCCACGUGGUCUCCCACGCCCUGCAGGCAGCCCUGGGGGACGCAUGCCAUGCCAGUGCCCUGCAGAGGAAGCUGAAGGCCAGCCCUCGCGGCGCCCUGGAGCGCUAUUUCCACGCUGUGGUGGCAGCGGUGGAGCAGAUGGCCAGCGACCCCAGCCCGAGCCGCGAGGGACACCAGGAGAGGCUGGAGGAGAUCUACUGCUCGCUGCUGGGGCCGGCGGCCGCCACCAGGGGACGCUACUGCGGUGACCCCCUGCAGGACCCACAGCCAAGCAUCCCUCUGCCCAGCCCCCACAUCACCUUCCACCUGUGGACUGAUGAGGAGCAGCUCUGGAAGGAACUGGUCCUCUUCCUGCGCCCGAGAUCCCAAGUGCGCCUGAGCGCCGACCUGGAGGCCUUGGACCUGCAGGGCCUGUGGCCAGACCGGGAGCUGGCCCGGGCGUCCAUGCUGUCCACCGACAGCGGCAUCGAGCGGGACCUCCCUUCGGGGGCCGACGAGCCCCCGGGACCGGGCAGCCCCGAGACGGAGCGCGCCGGGCUGCAACGCAAGGGGGGCAUCAGGAAGCGGGUGUGGCCCCCCGACGUGGCGAUGCCUGCGUGCUGGGCGGAGCCGCAGGGGCUACACCGCAGGACCGGGGUGCCCGGCGGGGUCGGGGAGCUGCUGCCCGGCGUCUCCCGGCUUCACACGGCCAGGGUGCUGGUGCUGGGGGACGACAGGAUGCUGGGGCGCCUGGCGCAGGCCUACCACAGCCUCAGGAAACGAGAGACUCAGAAGUUCUGCCUCACCCCCAGACUCAGCCUGCAGCUGUACUACAUCCCCGUACUGGCGCCUGAGAAGCCAGCGUCGUGCAGACAUUCGGAGCUCAGGGAGCUGGCCACGUUCCUGGGCCGUGCAGACCCGUGGUACGAGAGCACUGUCAACACGCUGUGCCCGGCCAUCCACAAGCUGGCAGAGAUGCCCCCUUCCCUGGACACAUCCCGGACGGUGGACCCCUUCAUCCUGGAUGUCAUCACCUACUAUGUUCGCAUGGGCACCCAACCCAUCUAUUUCCAGAUCUACACAGUCAAGAUCUUCAGGGACCUGAGCCAAGACCCUGCAGAGGAUAUCUUCCUCACUGAGCUGAACGUGAAGAUCCAGGACUCCAAACUCCCCAAAGAUGGCUUUUCACCCAGGAGGAGGGGUGUGGCUGAGGGCCCGGGGGCCGAGCUCUCCAUCUGCUACCAGAAGGCCCUGCUCAGCCACCGGGCUCAAGAGGUCACCAGUUCCGUGCGGGCCACUGGGCUGGUCCUGAAAGCCCUUCCAGCCAGUGACACUGAAGUUUCAGGGCCCACCCACACCCCACCAUCUGCUGCUCCCGUCACAGACCACACGUGCCUGAAUGUCAGCGUGACGGAGGUCGUCAAGUCCUCCAACUUGGCGGGAAGAUCCUUCUCUACCCAGGGCCCACCCAUAGGCUCCCUAUCUGAUGGCCUCUCUGGACCUCAUUUCCCUACUCAGCUGGAUGUGGACCCCAGGAUUACACAUGAACCCUGCUCCAGAUGCCCUACACCCCUACACCCACCAGACGGUGACCAAUACCUUCCGGACAGCCACCAUCCAGAUCCAGAGCCAGGACCAGAGACUCCUGACGCUGCUACUGGACAAGGAUGGUCGGCGCAUGUUCAGGGACGUGGUCAGGUUCGAGGUUGCUCCCUGCCCAGAGCCAUGUUCUGGGGCGCAUAAGACCAAGGCACCGUGGCUCGGUUCACACCAGCUGGAGGUGGAAGGCACCAAAGCCAAGCCCAAGCCCCUUCUAAUGCCCAUCAACACAUUCUCUGGCAUCGUCCAAUGAGCCCAAAGGGGCAGCAGAAGCGCUGAGUCCGAGAGCCCCAGACCAAGAGGAAGGAUACACUACCCCACCGACCUCCAAACACUCACGCCAGCAGCUUGAACAAGGCCUGGCUGCCCUGGGUGGCUUCUGGCUGUGAGUAGGAGCCAGCAAGUGACCUGAGCAGAGGGAGCGUGGCCGUGGCAGGUGAUGGAGCAGGGCCCAUGCCCAGGCCUGAGGACGGUCCCUGCAAAGUUGCGCACAUGCAGGACCCAGCUCCGUGCACAACUGUCCACACCUUCAUUUAUUUCUAGUUCACGCCUCUCCCACUCAAGCUCCCCAUUCAGCCCUUAAAACGCAAGUGUGAGGUGCUAUUUUGGCCCCAGGCGCCGUGGCCUGGGGGAAGCUGGGGAGCAGAGCAAGGGCAACUACACCUGUUCUCUCCUGAAUCUGCUCCUUUCUCUCCCUCCAGCCACCGCCCACACCCUGCCUUCCCUGGCAGGUGUCUCUCUUGGAUGAGAGGAAAAUGUCAGAUCUAAUAAAGGCACACU